UCAGGUGUUGGUUGCGUGACAGUGACAUAUGUUUGAUGGGAAUAACCAACCGGCUCAGCGAUGUUGUUAUGGCGAUACAUUUAAGCUUUAUUGACAUGACAUUUUAAUUCAAAGAAAACGAAUUGGAAUGAACUGGUUGUAAACGCUAAUGCCAUAAACAAACACGGGGAAAUGAAAAAGGGAAAAAAGCACCAGCAAGUAAACUGUAAUGGGAACAACAGACCGACUAGUAGUAGCACUACUAAUCGAAACGAGAAGGGACAUGGAGAACAUGUGUCAUGGAAAAAGAAGAAGCUCCUUGACAUACACCAAGCUCUCAACAGUGACCCAGUGGACAUUGAAACCCUGCGAAAGGCGGCUGUGAGUGAGGGUGGUCUACUAACAGAUGAUAUCAGGAGAAAAGUCUGGCCCAAACUACUCAAUGUUAAUGUGUACAACCUCCCAACAAAACCUGGGAGAGAUGUCAGGGAGAACCACAAGGACUACAACCAGGUCCUUCUGGAUGUCAGGAGAUCAAUGCGUCGUUUUCCUAGAGGAAUGCGGGUUGCUGAGAGAGAGGUGUUGCAGGAACAGCUGAUUGACAUCAUCCUGGACGUUCUGAGGAAGAACCCUCAGCUGCACUAUUACCAGGGCUACCACGACAUAGUGGUCACCUUCCUGCUGGUGGUGGGGGAGAGAAUGGCCAUAGCCCUGGUGGAGACUCUCUCAAAUCACCACCUCAGGGAUUUUAUGGACCCUACAAUGGACAGUACGAAGCACAUCCUGAAUUACUUGAUGCCAAUUCUGGAGCAGGUGGACCGAGAGCUACAUGACUUUAUGUUACAGGCUGAAGUUGGCACCAUCUUCGCUCUCAGCUGGCUCAUCACCUGGUACGGCCACGUCCUUUCCGACUUCCGGCAAGUUCUUCGGCUCUAUGACUUCUUCCUGGCCUCCCACCCUCUGAUGGCCAUCUACUUUGCAGCCGUGAUUGUGCUGCAUCGGGAGAAAGAGGUGAAGAACAGUGAGUGUGAUAUGGCCAUGGUCCACCACCUGCUCUCCAACAUUCCCCAGAACCUGCCCUAUGAGGAGCUCAUUGACCACGCACAGAGCCUCUUCGCACGCUACCCCCCCUCCCAGCUGGCCAAGAGAGCUGCCCUGCAGUCCCGCAAGAGCAUCGCCAUCAGCACCUUCCAGGACUUCCAACUGACCACCCUCCAGCAGCGGCCCGACUCCGUCCUGCGCCGCCAGCGCCUGACCAACGGUCAACUGGCCCUGACUGACGACACUGCCGCGGCAGCGACACCCACCUCCGCCAACCAGCUGGUCAAGAUGGCCGUAUGGGGCAUCUCGGCCACCCUUGGGGCCGCGGCGUUGGCGGUAGCCCAGACGGCCCUCGAAUGGGGCCCCGACCUCCUCCUCCAGCUCUUCUAGAGAAACAAAUACAAAAAAAACUAAUACAAAAAAAACACUACAAUCCCCAGAACCAAUCCCCUGAUUUGGUGUGCCAAACCUUGAGUACUAGUCCUCUGCAACGUCCUGCCAUAAGUGACCUCUGGGUAAUUUCCCCAUAACUCAAACACUGACUCAUUUAUUCUGAAGCGGUUUUUAAAGCCUAGAUUUCCACCCCCUCUCAUUUGUAUCAGGAGUGAAGGGUCUGAAGAGGAGUCAGCAUUUUGUCUUAGAGGGCUAAACUGCCCGAGAAGCUGAUUCAUGCACAUUCAUAGCUCUGUGCAGUGUGAAUGAUUGAAAUAGGUAUAAUUGUUCUCUCUAUCCUUCAGCUUUUACACCUUCAGUCAAGAGAGAGAGGGACAAAAAAACACACAUUUAAUGAAAAAAAGUAGUCAGGUUGCUGCCUUGCAAGAGCACCUUGUAUAUGUGUGUGUUGUAGCAAAAGAAAAGAACUGUAAUGAAUACUAAAUAACUUUUUAGGAGAGGAAAAUCCAUUUUUGGCCUUUGAUGACCAUGAUGCACCAUUAUUGCCAUCUAUGUGUUUUACAUGUUCAGUCCUUGCUCACUUGGACAACUUAGGAAAGCCUCAUGCUUCUGUGAAGUUUUUCACUAGAAUGUCUUACAUGCUAAGAAGAUAAAGAAGAAAAAAAAAAGAACCGUCCAGAACUCCUCAGACGAGUCGACUGAAUGACCCUCCGCAGGCGAGGUCUCCCCACACAGCGAACAGGGUCUAAUCCGAGCGCAGGCGUCAGGCAGGAUAAUUGAACGAGGCCCGACCACCGUCUGAUCCAGUGCCUUGAGUGCGAUUGCAGAUGAGCAGCUGUUAGUCGAACCACACUGUGCCAAUGUGUAAUUCGCUGCGUAAUCACCACUGCCAGUAGAAUAAAAAACACCAAACACACACACACACACACACACACACACACACACACACUCGCUUACACACUCCCACCUCCCCCAACUCGGUUCUCUCCUCUUAGCUUUUCCUUUUUACCUCGAGCUAUGUCAGGAAAGCGCAGGCCAUCUUAAUUUAAUGUGAAAUUAAUUUGCGCCUAAGGCUGUUGGCAGGAUUUUGGGCCAAACACCAAAGAUGGGUUUUUUAUCGGCUGACAAAUUAAGACAUCGAGAGCUUUUCAAAAUAGGAAUAGGGCUACACAGCAUGUAUCAGGGCUGUUUGUACAAGACUUUAAUUGCAUUUUUAACGUACAAUUGCGCCAUCUCUAAUUGUCUAUAUGAUUAGAAUAAAUAAGACAGUAAUAUAAACAUGUCAAGAUGGUUUCCCUGUAAAAUAUAGUGCCAUUUAUUUGAAGGGGAUGCCUAAAUAGAUUAUUUUUAGAAGCCUUUCACAUUUUUAAACCCUGUAGAAAUACUGUAUCUUGUGAAGAACACAUCAGCAUGCAGCUUAGGGUUGUACCCAGCUCAACUUAAUCAUUUAUGAUGGGAAAACAGGCGACCAUGGAGAAGGACUCUCUGUGAAAUGAUACUGAACGGUAAUUAUGAGAGGCUGUUGGCCUUUCAAACACAUGGCUGGCAGAGGACUCUGGUUUGGAGACGGGCUCGACAGAUAGGAUCCUGGCUCUUUGGCCAAGCUGACGAGUGAAGGUCUCGCUGGCACCUGCGACGGAUGUAGCUCCAGUUGGAACCGUUUAGCGCGGAAAAGCGCUGCUCUUUUGAUCAGUGUCUCCUCACUCUCUCCUCGUACGGGGCUUUGAGGCUGAUCGGCUGUCCAACUGUUUACCUCCGAGGCCGCUGUCUGAAGGCAAUUGUGCGAGCAACUGUCGCCCCCCCCCCCCCCCCCCCCUCCCCUUUUUUUGAAAAGCUCAAGCACUUUUUCUGCCGAGGAGAACUUCAACUUUUAAUGGAUCCCUGGCAGAAGCUACGUUUGCCGGGGAAAAAGGCUUUGCAAAGUAACAGGUUGAAAUGUCACCACCUGCUCCACUUCGAAAACAUGAACGAUGCUUGCGCUACCUCUCCCUUUCGCCUGAUGCCUUUGCUUCACAUCAAAGGCGAAGACGAAAUCAUGGCUGCUUUUUGGGUUAAAACAUAGUGUCAGUACUCAGUCCUUGUAACUGCACUCAUUAUGGUGUACAGUAAAGUUUGGCGUUGCCAUAC